AUGGGGAGCUCGGGGAAAUUGAGGCAAUGGCCUCAACUAGUAUUUGCAAUGGCAUUUUGCCUAAUAGCCAUUUGUGUAGCUGCCGAUAAGCCUUAUAUUUAUGCUUCACCACCACCACCCCAUCACCAACACCCACCUUACCUGUAUAAGUCACCACCACCACCACCUAAGCACUCAGGGCACCCGCCAUACUACUACAAGUCUCCCCCUCCACCACUACCAAAGCACUCAAGGCAUCCACCCUACUAUUAUAAGUCACCGCCACCUCCAAAGAAUUCGGGACAUCCACGGUACUAUUAUAAGUCACCACCACCACCAUCGCCAUCACCACCUCCUCCUUCCCACUACAAGUCCCCACCUCCACCAUCAAAGUCACCACCUCCUUACCACUACACGUUCCCACCUCCGCCAUCCAAGUCACCACCUCCAUACCACUACACAUCCCCACCUCCACCAUCGAAGCCACCACCUCCUCCAUACCACUAUACUUCCCCACCUCCACCCUCCAAGUCACCACCUCCUACAUACCACCACACGUCCCCACCUCCACCAUCCAAGUCACCACCUCCUCCUCACCACUACACUUCCCCACCCCCACCCUCCAAGUCACCACCACCUCCAUACCAUUACACGUCCCCACCACCACCAUAUCACUACAUGUCACCACCUCCUCCAUCCAAGUCACCACCUCCUCCUUACCACUACACGUCCCCACCUCCACCAUCUAAGUCACCACCUCCUCCAUACCACUACACUUCCCCACCUCCACCCUCCAAGUCACCACCACCUCCUUACCACUACACUUCUCCACCUCCACCCUCCAAGUCACCACCACCUCCUUACCACUACACGUCUCCACCUACACCAUCCAAGUCACCACCUCCUCCUUACCACUACACGUCCCCACAUCCACCAUCCGAGUCACCACCUCCUCCGUACCACUACACUUCCCCACCUCCACCCUCCGAGUCACCACCACCUCCGUACCACUACACUUCCCCACCUCCACCCUCCGAGUCACCACCACCUCCAUACCACUACACGUCCCCACCUCCGCCAUCCAAGUCACCACCUCCUCCUUACCACUACACGUCCCCACCUCCGCCAUCCAAGUCACCACCACCUCCAUACCACUACACGUCCCCACCUCCGCCAUCUAAGUCACCACCUCCUCCAUAUCACUACACGUCCCCACCUCCGCCAUCCAAGUCACCACCACCUCCUUACCACUACACGUUUCCUCCAUACCACUACACGUCCCCACCUCCGCCAUCCAAGUCACCCCCACCUCCUUACCACUACACGUCCCCACCUCCACCAUCCCCAUCACCAUUGCCUCCUUACUAUUGCAAGUCUCCACCACCGCCAAAAGGCUACUAA